AUGAGUGUGUCCAGCACUUCGAUUAAAGAACUGUUCGACAACAGUUCACUGGACGACCGUAUCAAUAUGUAUUACAAGUCGAAGAACAGCUCGGCCAAAGAUCCUGACAGGACAACGUCCAAAGACUUGGCAACAUGCAGUCGGUCGUCUUACAUGCAAAUAAAGGACGUCAACGGUAUAAGUUUGCACACGCACGUCUGUGCUUUGCUGGAAAAAUUGAUCUUCCAGCGACCGCCGAAUCCGGUAACAUUUUUCGAGUACUAUAGCGAAGAGAUAAAAAAGGAGUUCCGCAACCCUAUACGCGAAUACGGUUCACAUUUUUUGGACUCAAUCGACCAAAACGCAUGUGAAAAUUCCACCGAACUCUAUAAAAACAUCAUAUGGUCGUGGAACAAGGAAAACAGGAAACACAGUCAGGGCCUGAACGAGUUCGAAGGCGAAAACGACUACGAAGAAGGCGACGAUUGGAUGUACGGCGAAUCCGAAGAUGGUCGAUUUCCGGUUGCCGAAGUCCAAGAACUGUCUACUUCCAACAAGGCGUUCAACAAAGCCGGAUGCGGUUUGACCGUCGAAGAGGCGGAGACCAUCGGUGCGACCAUGGAUCAGAUGUCGCGGUCUGGCAAGUUAAAAAACAUCAGGUACUGGGGAAUAAUGUUGGGUUUGCGGCGCAAUUACUAUGUGCUGGAAUGCGAAUGGCUAGACGACGAAAUCGAACGGAGAGUAAAGAAAAGCCUGGAAGUUCAAGGUGUCCGACAGCCGGUCGAUGUCGGAUACGAUGAAAUGGCGUACGGAGAGGCCUUGAUGGACGAACACGACAGGUUCACUUUAAUGGCACCCAGCGAACACGAUCCGGAAGAAGAAAGAAACUAUUAUGCGGAAAUGGCGGAAGAUAAUUUUGAAUUUACGCCCGGCGAUGAGAUGAUGACACAGUGUCAGAAACAAUUACAAAACGAAACGGCUGAACUUCUGCAGCCCGAAAUGCUUGGAUUCGGCACCAACAGAAAGACAUAUUUCGUAACUCAUCAACCCAGUGCAGAGUGGAUCGAACUGCCUCUUCUCAAACCUCAUCACGUGGUUCAGUCGCGCAAAAUCAAACGGUACUUGGUCGGCGAUUUGGACUCACCGAUGGACUGUUACCCCAUGUUUGACGGAUUGGAAAAACAUUACCUUAGAGCUCAGAUAGCUAGGAUAACGGCCGCCACACAAAUAUCGCCUGUCGGCUACUUGAAUCCGGUCGAUGAAAUAAGAAACAUCACAAAGAGUUCGCUCGGCAAGUCUCACCCGUUGUACCACAAAAGCGUAGUUAAAAAAUCCUUGUACGAGUACUCGACCAACCAAGAGUACAAAUCGUUACCCACUUACGACCUCAUGGAUCCAGACAAUUGGGUUCACCACACUCCGAUGAUAACCGAAGACGGAGUUACCGAAGUGUGGCUGGAUAUUUUGUCUACAAUAAAGCAGAACAAAAACUUUGACGGCGAAGAAUUUUUCGAUGACGACGAAGACCAAUCGUCCCAAUCGUUGUCAGUUAGCACCGAAGAUGAAAGCUCCACUCGAGUGGGCCGGGACGUGUUCGUUAGCCUUUCGGAAGACGAUUUCGUGGGCGAAUCGCAGCCUUGGAAUGUCGAGAUCACAAACAAGUUCGAUCACAGUGCUGCUUACUUGGCGGUCAAGUCGAACGUAUGGCCGGGUGCGGUGGCCGUGACGGGUUCCAACGUCAUGGAUUACACCUACCGAGGCUGGGGACAAAAGUGGGACGUCAAAUCGUUAACGCCGUUUAUGCACACCGAAUACCAAAAGGUGUACCCCAGCAAAAAUAUGCUGGAAACGAAGGACCCGACUCGGGCCGAAGAAUUGGCCGUGCUCGAAGAAGGCAAACAAAGAGCCGAAGAGUUCAAAAUAACGCUGUUGCCGACCAGCGGACUCGAAGAGGACGACGAAAAAGUAGUACAAAAAUACUCGUAUGAUUGA